UCGAUUGAAGGCCAUUGGGUGGCCUGGCCGGGUAGUGCCUGUCCUACAGUCACAACUUUAUUGGUGAGAUGUAUGGAUGGUGGGUGGUAACAGGAUAAAUACAAGAUGACCGAACCAGCUGAUCCUGCCAGGAGACACACUAGAGAACCAUCAACCUGAAACACCGGGAGUCAAUCAGGGGAACCCGGAGAGAAUGGAAACUAGUGAACCGAACCUGUGCCAUCAGUUUACCAGGGGUUGAGAGCAACUAGUUGUGCUAUAACUCGGGAACAUGAAUAUAAAACUUCUCUUUAGAACUCAAUAAACCUGGAGUUUUUAAGUGAUACAAAUAUGUAAAGAAAGCGUUGGGAGAGAGGAGACUCUUAGCUCCAGGUGUAGGUGGUUACUCACCAAUUCCGAAGAUAGGGUUAGACCCGGAGAUAUUUGUUAUUAACUAAUCUGAACCUAAACACCAGGAGUACAGGGCUGCAUGGUUGGAUCAUCAGGGUCCGGCAGUAUGUUACAUUUAUUCCUAGGGUUAAAGAGCUUGGUAAAAGUUAGUAGAUUUCACACAGAUGGGAGUGUGUUCAGAUUGCACUAUAGGAUUACAGUGAUGGUGCUUCUAGCUUUUACUUUUAUAGUGACAACCCGCCAAUACAUAGGUUCACCCAUCAUGUGUGUACAUACUAAAGAAAUACCGAAAGAAGUGUUGAACACGUACUGUUGGAUUCAUCCGACCUACACACUCAGCUCCGCUCAUUGGAAGCGGGUUGGAGUUGAUGUCCCACACCCUGGAGUAGAUAAAACAAGGGAUGAGAGGGAUAAGAAACACGUCAAGUAUUAUCAGUGGGUUGGAUUCUGCUUAUUCUUCCAGGCAAUCCUGUUCUACGUACCACGCUGGUUAUGGAAGAACUGGGAGGCAGGGAAGAUUCAUGCUCUCAUGAUGGAUCUAGAUGUCGGAGUCAUUCAGGAUGUGGAGAAAAGACAAAAGAAAAGACUGUUGUUAGAUUAUCUCUCGGAUAAUCUAAAACAUCAUAACUGGUGGGCAUACAGAUACUUCUUCUGUGAAUUCCUAGCUCUUAUCAAUGUAGUAGGUCAAAUGUUCUUGAUGGACCGCUUCUUCGACGGAGCUUUUCUCACGUUCGGUCUCGAGGUGAUCGCCUUCGCGGAGCAGGAUCAAGAGGAUCGUCUCGAUCCUCUCAUAUACGUCUUCCCUAGGAUGACGAAGUGUACAUUCCACAAGUUUGGUUCAAGCGGAGAGGUUGAGAAACAUGAUGCUCUGUGUCUUCUCCCUCUAAAUAUAGUAAAUGAGAAAGUGUAUGUUUUCCUCUGGUUUUGGUUUAUUCUUCUCUCUAUCCUGAGUUUCCUUGUUAUCCUCUACAGACUAAUCAUUGUCCUCAGCCCGAAGAUGAGAGCCUACCUUCUCUACAUCAGGUUCAGGCUCAUCAGGAGGGAGGUCAUCAACACCAUCGUCAAGAAGUCCUAUGUUGGAGACUGGUUCCUGUUCUAUAUGCUGGGCCAGAACGUGGACUCGAUGAUCUUCAAGGAGGUGAUGCAUGAGUUGGCGAGGAAACUGGGACAUCUAGGCAAGGACUUCUCCGAUACCUAGAUGGAGAGAACUAGGGUUUGAUCCUGUGAUACUACCCGGAGAAAUCCUUCCCACUGACAUGCAACCCGACCCACAUUCAUCAAACCUGUAGUUCCCGUCCCACUAGUUUUUAACGAAAUCAGAAAUUGGAAUUUUGUGUACUACUAUUUUUCCAAAUCCCUGACGAAAAAACUAAAAGACCCCACAUCAGAAACAGUUCCAAAUGUGACACCAGAAACAGUUCCAAUAGGACACCAGAAACAGUUCCAAGUGAGACACCAGAAACAGUUCCAAAUGCGACACCAGAGACAGUUCCAAAUGUGACACCAGAAACAGUUCCAAUGGAGACACCAGAAAAUGACACCAGACGACAAAAGAUAUUCUAGAUUAGACUGGAAACUAGAAAUACAAAGAGGUUAAAACCGUUUUCAAGACAAAGAGAUCUUGUCAAAUCAAGAACAGGUAGCAGAGAUCUUGUCAAGACAAGAACAAGUAGCAGAGAUCUUGUCGAGAAAAGAUCAGUUUGAGUUUAAGUCAGUGGACGUUUGUUAAUCCUAAUCCAGUUGUGCACAAACCAACAAAACAAUAUUAAAUCAAGUAAAGUGGAAUUCUACUGAACAGUAAUGAUUCCCAUGCACUGAUCUUUGCUCUAACCUUUCCAUCUACCUUUUAAAUUCAUUAGAUUUUUACUUUAGAUUUUUAAACUCUAACUCUUUCCAUUCUCUUAAAACCUUACCCUUAUAAUUUUUCAUUCAUUAAAAAAACUAUCUAAAAUUUUAUUUUUGAAUAUUUUGAAAAAGUACAGCAAAAAAGACAAAUUCUACUGAUAUAACUAUUUCUAAACUAAAAAAAUUCGGAAAGUAUCACCUAAACCUAAAAUCUACAAAUACUAUCCUCUAAACCUGAAAUCUACGAAUACUAUCGUCUAAACCUGAAAUCUACGAAUACUAUAUUCUAACCCUGAAAUCUACGGAUACUAUCUCCUAAACCUGAAAUCUACGGAUACUAUCUACUAAACCUGAAAUCUACGGAUACGAUCUCCUUAACCUGAAAUCUACGGAUACUAUCUCCUAAACCUGAAAUCUAAGGAUACUAUCUCCUAAACCUGAAAUCUACGGAUACUAUCUCCUAAACCUGAAAUCUACGGAUACUAUCUCCUAAACCUGAAAUCUACGGAUACUAUCUUCUAAACCUGAAAUCUAGGGAUACUAUCUCCUAAACCUGAAAUCUACGGAUACUAUCUCCUACACCUGAAAUCUACGGAUACUAUCUCCUAAACCUGAAAUCUACGGAACCAUAAUCCUACCAAUACUAUUUUUUCCUUCAGUUUUCGUUAAUCUAGGGAUAUUUAAUUAUUAAAACUA